AUGUCGUCGCAUCGCCCUCAUUUACUUCGUCAGUCCGCUGCCGACGACGACGACCAUUCAAGCGUCAGCAGUAUCAUCGAGCCUGGCGGCGACAUGGACCCGAACUCCGAACAGGAACUGACUGUCACGGCCGAGGCUCUCUACAACCGACACGUCACCAGUCCGAGGAUGGCCACCCGCUCCCUGAGUCCUAGGUCCCCUACGGCAUCUCCUUCACCUCCUCCUCAGUCACCACCUUCCCAAAGUCCCCAUCAACCAAACCUCAUCGCCCAGAUGUGCAUCAACCAUCAAGUUGGCCCAUCCAUCCCCAAUAUCGACAGCAUCACCACGACCAGCAUCAGGGGCAGCAGCCUCAACACGAGUAGCAUCAGUGGUGCGAGCAUGCACACAGCCGUCAGCGCCAGCAACACCAAUGCCACCCCCGCCUCGUCGGAUGCCGACUCGUCCGACGAAAGCAACGAUGACGAUCUGGAGAAGCACGCAGACGUGUCCAUGACGUCGUCUGUGCAGAACCAUGUCUUCGAAAGCGGCAUCCGUUACCAUGCUUACCGCGCCGGCAAGUAUCCGCUGCCGAACGACGAGACGGAGCAGGCUCGGGAUGACAUGAAGCAUGCUAUGACCUUGGGGCUUAUGGGCGAAGAAUUGUUCUAUGCGCCGGUCGAGGAGAGACUUGCAACCCCUGGAGCGCAGGUGCUGGAUUUGGGUACGGGAACAGGCAUCUGGGCUAUCGAGUUGGGCGACAGGUACCCUACCAGUACCAUCACCGGUGUAGACCUCUCCCCCAUCCAGCCGUCCUUUGUGCCGCACAACGUCUCCUUCUACGUUGACGACUUCGAAGAGGAAUGGGUCGACAGCGACGAGAAAUAUGAUUUCAUCCACAUGCGCUACACUCUUUUCGCCGUCUACGACCCAAUUACUCUCGUAAACCGCAUCUACCGUCACCUCAAACCCGGAGCCUAUUUCGAGGCCCAGGAACUCCUCUAUGUCCCUAACUCCGACGACAAUACCCUCACUCCAAGUACCCCGUACGCUCUUCGCGAUUACAUCAACUACAUGGCUGCUGGCUUGCGUGUCAUCGGCACAGACUUACACGCAAUUCUCUCUCUUCCCGAUAUCAUGCGUCAAGCGGGGUUCGUCGACGUCAGGGUGAUCAAGCACAAGGUUCCCAUCGGCCCUUGGCCGCGCGACGACGCUCCCAAGGCCGUAGGGUCCUUGAUGAAGAAAGCAAUCUUGGAAGGGUUGAGGGGAGUGAGUCGCAAGCCGCUUCUGGCGUUGGCCUGGCAACCGGUGCAGAUUGAGAUUUUCCUGAUGGAAGUCAGGCAGGCGUUGAUGAGAAGCGAUUUGCAUGCGUACUUUACGCUGCAUGUUGUCGUGGGGAAGAAACCGGAGUGA